AUGUCUAACGCAUUCGUUGUUGGAAUGUUCAGCUUGAUCAACGGCGUUCGUCGCUCACAGCAGGCGGGCAACUCGCAGACCUUCUACUGCUUUUACGACACUGUGUUCCGCUCCGAGAUCACGACGUCAUCCCCCGCACAGCUCCGUGUGUAUAGCCCAGUCGGAGGACAGGUUGCUCGAGAUGACACACUCGCGUUCGUCGUCGCUACGGCGUAUUUCAAUCGCAAUGGCCCUAUCCUCUUGGACGCCCAGCCCAACAGUUUUUCCCUUUUCCAGGAGAUCCGUCACAGGACUCGUACUGUAGUUUUUCGACCUUAG